CUGAUUCUUGUCUUCUUGCUGAUGUUUUUGUUCUUUGUAUGGAUGCAAGGUCGAAAGAUUCCCUCUGGCAAACACUUGUCAUAGAUGAACAUAUAAGGAAAUGGAAAAGAAACCAAAACAGGAUAUGGCUCAUUCAACAUUAUGAUGCCGUAGAAUGUCAGUAUAAACCUCAUGCGGUUCAGAGAGCGCAAGUAGAAUGGAUAUGUCACGAAAUGAGACCCCUUGAACGACCAGUUGAUAUAUUAUUUAUGAAUGGUGAAGGCAUAUUUAAAAUCUGGUUGAGAGAAUUAGCGUUUCAAAUGCUCGAGGGUGCAAAAAGAGUUCGGUGUUUAUGUAAAUGGAAACAAGAAAAUAAGAUUUGUCGUUUGGGGUUGGGAAUGAGAAAGUCCGAAGCAAAGACCUUUUUUUAUUUUUGGUUUGGUUUUUAUUUGGUUCAACUUGUAUGGAGUGAACCUCUCGAAGCGACAAGUUUCAACCAAGGUCGAGUUCCAGACAUUUGUAUUUGUUCUUGUUGCAUAUAUGGUGGUUCCAAGAGUACUGUUUGUUCUGCAUUUUCUCAAAUGAGCACAAGUGUUCCGGAUUGUGACGCUUGUACCUUGACUCAAUGUAACGUGUCGUUUGGAAAACUUUGUAAAGUUAACGCUACAUUCACUCGAGCGUACUGCGUAGAAAGGAAUAGUGCUUUUCUGAAACUGGUUCCUUAUUCUUUUAUACUUUUUACUGUUUUCAUGUUAUUGGUCGCCUCUUUGCGUUCCACUAUUCGAUAUUACCAAUCUUUCAGAAAGGCUUCUUAUGACAUGGUACAGUAACGUUCAAACUAUGGGAGUUUACAAAGGAGAAAAAGUUCGUUGACAAUAUCUGAAGUUUUCUCGGUAGAUAGAAUUACUGUAGUAGACAAACUCUAGAAUGGCUUUCCAAGCUGCUGUUUUAUUUGCAAUAGAAAAAGACUUGAAAUAAAAGGAUGGCUCAUCAU